AUGGCAGCCGAGGCCUCAGGGGUACAGGAUCCCUCCACCCCAGGCUGUGGAGAGUCCCCUGGCAUGAAGGAUAGGACCUUGCACCCGCCAUCAGCCACCCAAGUGUCAGGAGAGAUGGAUAAGCCACUGAUCAGCCGCCGCCUGGUGGACAGUGAUGGGAGUCUUGCCGAGACCCCCAGUGAGGCCCCCAAAGUGGGCAUCCUGGGCAGCGGGGACUUUGCCCGCUCCCUGGUCACACGCCUGGUGGGCUCUGGCUUUAGUGUGGUGGUGGGGAGCCGCAACCCCAAACGCACAGCCGGGCUGUUCCCCUCAGCGGCACAAGUGACUUUCCAGGCGGAGGCAGUGGACUCCCCUGACGUCAUCUUCGUUGCCAUGUUCCGGGAGCACUACUCCUCGCUGUGUGGCCUCAGCGACCAGCUGGCUGGCAAGAUCCUCGUGGACGUGAGCAACCCCACAGAGCAGGAGCACCUCCAGCACCGUGAAUCCAAUGCAGAGUACCUGGCUUCCCUCUUCCCCACAUGCACAGUGGUCAAGGCCUUCAAUGUCAUCUCUGCCUGGACCCUGCAGUCUGGCCCAAGGGAUGGGAACAGACAGGUGCCCAUCUGCAGUGACCACCCGGAAGCCAAGCGGGCGGUCUCGGAGAUGGUGCAGGCCAUGGGCUUCAUGCCUGUGGACAUGGGGUCCCUGGUCUCCGCCCGGGAGGUGGAAGCCAUGCCCCUGCGCCUUCUCCCAGGUUGGAAGGUGCCCGCCCUCCUGGCCCUGGGGCUCUUCAUCUUCUUCUACGUCUACAACUUUGUCCGGGACGUCCUGCAGCCCUACGUGCGGGAUGGCAAGAGCAAGUUCUACAAGCUGCCCGUGUCCGUGGUCAACACGACGCUGCCGUGCGUGGCCUAUGUGCUGCUGUCCCUUGUGUACCUGCCCGGCGUGCUGGCGGCCACCCUGCAGCUGCACCGUGGCACCAAGUACCGCCGCUUCCCGGACUGGCUGGACCACUGGCUGCAGCACCGCAAGCAGAUAGGCCUGCUGAGUUUCUUCUGCGCCGCGCUGCACGCGCUCUACAGCUUCUGCCUGCCCCUGGGCCGCGUCAACCGCUACGAGGUGGUCAACCUUGCCAUCAAACAGGUCUUGGCCAACAAGAGUCAUCUGUGGAUCGAGGAAGAGGUCUGGCGGAUGGAGAUCUACCUCUCCCUGGGAGUGCUGGCCCUUGGUACACUGUCCCUGCUGGCUGUCACAUCACUGCCCUCCAUUGCAAACUCGCUCAACUGGAGGGAGUUCAGCUUCGUUCAGUCCACUCUGGGCUUUGUGGCCCUGGUGCUGAGCACCCUGCACACACUCACCUAUGGCUGGACUCGCGCCUUCGAAGACAGCCAUUACAAGUUCUACCUGCCUCCCACGUUCACGCUCACGCUGCUGGUGCCCUGCGUCGUGAUCUUGGCCAAAGGCCUCUUCCUGCUCCCCUGCUUCCGCCGCAAGCUCUCCAGAAUCCGGCGGGGCUGGGAGAAGGAUGGUGGCGUCAAGUUUACUCUGCCAAUGGACCACACCUUGGCCCAGAAGACGAGCCACGUGUGAGGUGCCUGCCUCCGGCCCCAGAAACCAGACGCGGGCCAGACAGUACCCCUGGGCCUGUCAGGGCUGCUUUUCUGGAUGGUGCGGUAUGGUGAAAUUGGGCGCAGAGCGGUGGUUGGAGGUCUGAAUUCCUGGGACCCUAAUGUACACAGUAUAAUACUCAGAAGGGCACACACGCGGGUGUGACAUAGGUGUUCGUGUAGAUGUCAUAUAUAUAACGGGAUUUGCAUUUAUACUCACUUAGUUAAAAAGUUGAGUCUCUUGAGAUUUCAACUUGUAGAUUUAAAAAGCCAGUGCCAGAUGUAGA